AUGACCGCCCAAGAUACAGCUCUUGGGACCAUGGAAGUUCUGGAGAACAUACUUCUCCACCUUGAUCUCAAGUGCAUCUUGACAUCCGCUCAACGUGUGUGCCACCAAUGGCAAGAUUUGAUUUCCACGUCGCCUUCCCUUCAGAAACAUCUCUUUUUCCAACCCGACUGGGAUCGAGAGGAUAAACAACGCAAUCCUUUGCUUGCCGAAAUCUUCCCCGACUGGUUUCCCGACUUUCCCACACCCGCAAAAAGGCGCAAGGAUCAUGGCAUUGAAAUUGGCCCCGAUGAUAUAAAGCCCAGCUGGAAACGUAUGCUGAUUCAACAACCCCCGAUUCGUGAUAUUAUUUUCUUCAUGGUGAAAAGCGCUCGAGGCGGUAAAUGGCUCGGAGGGCCGUAUACCAAAACCGUCGAAGAUUCACGGACACACUGGUUCAGCGUAACAGAUCCGCUCACGAUGGACGAUUUCAUUUAUACAGUCCCUGAUCUAGGUGAGGACUUAGACGAAACAAUGGUCUUGUGGGAUAAUGAAGACCAUCAAAUCCCAUCUGAGUUCCACGACUAUUCAUUCAACGACAAGGAGAGACGGUUUCUCCGGGGGGCACUGGAAGAAUGUGGAAUGAUAUUGUUGGAAUAUGCAGUAAUGCAAUGUGGAAAGGGGCUAUCUGUGGUUGGAAGACGAAAGAGAAAAUUUGGUACUCCUUUUUUCGAGCCACAGGUUGAGGAUGCAGAAGAAGAAGAGGUUGAAGAGAUUGACGAUGAUGAGCAUGAAGUUGAUGAACAUGAGGAAGAUGAAGAUCGCGAAGAUACUCAGGACAUUCAUCCUCAACCUCAUAAGCGACCACGUAAUUAG